AUGCCUUGGCACAGACUGAGGACAGAGGGACACAGACAGAGUGGAUUAUCAGAAUCCUCUUUGUUAUGGGAGCCAUCAUCAGCCUCUCACAGCAGCCAAAACAAAGCCCCCAAGUCCUCUGAAGCUCAGGAUGAUGGAAACCAAGCAACUAUCUGGACCAGUAACUCACUGAGGUCCCAGCUGGAAGAGAGCAGGAGGAGAACGAGGCAGCUGCAGGAAGAAGAAACAUUGUCAGACCAGAGGCUCCAAACACUGAGGCAGCUUUAUCCGGUUCAAAAUGAGAUACCAUCUGUUGAAGGCAGGAAGGAUACAACUGUCUCUCCUUUAGAUCCAGAGACAGAUCAGCAGAGGAGGAUGGUCACUGAGCAGUUAAAGAAUCUGUUUAAGGAGCGAGAAGGAAAAGAGGUGGAAACGGUUGACAACAGAUUAGCUGCAGGUCAAAAUGCACCCUCCUCACCAGAAGACCGGUCCCAAACAUCUAAGGGUGUAAGGAAUUCAGUGGACAGGAGGAUCUGGCAGCAUGGUUCAGGUUUAAUGCCAGUGUUUGAGGAGGAUGAAGAGGAGUGUGACUGUCCAGGAGGGGAGGAGGCUCAUGUUGAGGAAAACUGGCUCAACCAAAGCCAACAGAUGUCAACUAUGACUGCAGUUAUCUGCAAACUGAAGGCAAAAAAUGAAAAUCUGCUGCCAGCAACACUAAGGUGCAAACCAAUCCAGGACUGCCCUCUUACUGCAAAAAACAAGACUGCUCUCGGUUCAGAUGUGACCGACCUGCAGCAGAUCAAGCCCCCUUUGCUCUAUCCUGAUGGAUUAUUCCUGGCUGAGCUGGUAGAUAUCUGUAGCCCAGAUGAAGAGGAGGAAGGAGACAAAUGAGGUGUUUGUGCUGAACCAGCUAACUUUGUGCCUUAUAGCUUUAAAUGUUUUACUCAAAAUAAAUGUAAGGACUAACUUAUUUCAGCAAUUUAAAGACACAAUGAUGUUAAGGUUAUACUUGAUAGAUGCUUUUACCUCAGAUGACACUGUUAA